AUGUGUAAGGUUAUCCCCACAGAAGUCACAAAUGAUGAUGACACCACUCAGAACCUCACCAUAACAAACUUUGAACAUUUGGAGAAAUUAAGGAGCAGGUCCAGAUAUGUUGCAAGGAGUUGUAAAGAGAUCAGGGACAGAUAUAGUGCACAAGACAAUGGGCUUUACUACCUGACCACUGCUAAUGGCAUGGUCUUUCAGACCUUCUGUGAUAUGACCACUGCGGGAGGCGGCUGGACGCUGGUGGCGAGCGCCCAUGAGAACAGCAUUUAUGGAAGGUGCACAGUGGGCGAUCGCUGGUCGAGCCAGCAGGGCCACAAUGCUGACCUUCCAGAUGGAGACGGGAACUGGUCUAACAGAAACACCUUUGGAACAGCACUGGAACAGGGCGCCAGCUUGGAUGAUUUUAAGAAUCCAGUUUACUAUGAUAUAAUAGCAGAAGACAUCUCUGUGUGGCACGUUCUCAACAACUUCCCACUGGACCACUGGAACCUGGCAGCCACCCUCCGCUACCACACCAACAACCGCUUUUUCAGCCUGUAUGGUCAUUAUCUACUUCGAUAUCAUCACAUUCUUCCAGUGAGAUAUAAUAUUGGCUUGUGCAGCAACAGAGGGCCAGCUGUUCCCAUUGUGUAUGACCAUGGACCCAGUGCAGGAGGUAAACUUUAA